AACCGUCUCUCCCUCAACGAGCCUCAAGAUCCAAUCUGGGUCAUCCUCAGACUCUCUCAAUCCCCUCAAAACCCCAUCAAAAAUCUCACCUUUGUUCUCCUUCUCCCCAAAAUCCCACCUUUUUACCUCCCCUGACAAAAAACCCCAACUUUGCCGGUCCUCUGCUGCAAUUUCUGCAGAUGGGGAGGGUUUUGCUGAAAAAGUGGAGAAACCCAAGUUCUUGGGGAUUGAGUUAUUGACCCUGAGGAAGAUUAUCCCACUUGGGGUUAUGUUCUUCUGUAUUCUAUUCAAUUAUACUAUUUUGAGAGAUACUAAGGAUGUUUUAGUGGUUACUGCUAAAGGGAGCAGUGCCGAGAUUAUACCCUUUUUAAAAACAUGGGUGAAUUUGCCCAUGGCUGUUGGGUUCAUGCUCUUGUAUACUAAGCUCUCAAAUGUUUUGUCAAAGGAGGCUCUUUUUUAUUCUGUGAUAUUUCCCUUCAUUGCCUUCUUUGGGGCUUUUGGGUUUGUGCUUUAUCCUCUGAGCGAUAAGAUUCAUCCCAUUGCUUUUGCCGAUAAGCUUGUUGCUGCUCUUGGGCCGAGCUUUAUUGGCCCGGUCGCUAUUCUGAGGAUUUGGAGCUUUUGCUUGUUCUAUGUCAUGGCUGAGCUUUGGGGGAGCGUGGUGAUUUCUGUUCUUUUCUGGGGGUUUGCUAAUCAGAUUACCACAGUUGAAGAAGCCAAAGAGUUCUAUCCACUCUUCGGUCUUGGAGCUAAUAUUGCCCUCAUCUUCUCAGGACGAACUGUGAAGUACUUCUCUAACCUUCGGAAGAACUUGGGCCCGGGUGUUGAUGGCUGGGCGAUAUCUCUAAAAGGAAUGAUGAGCAUUGUGGUCCUUCUCGGUCUCAUAAUCACCGCAAUCUAUUGGGGAGUUAAUAAAUUUGUUCUCAAUGACCCUUCUCUUCCAAAGUCUGACCGCAAGAAGAAGAAGGAAAAACCAAAGCUAGGUAUGAAAGAGAGCUUAAAAGUGCUGCUUUCUUCAAGAUAUGUGAGGGAUCUUGCCACUUUGGUGGUUGCAUAUGGUAUCAGUAUCAAUCUCGUUGAAGUUACAUGGAAAUCAAAGCUGAAGGCUCAGUUUCCUAGCCCGAAUGAGUACUCAUCGUUCAUGGGCGAUUUCUCAACUGCAACCGGAAUUGCCACAUUCACGAUGAUGUUGCUUGGCCGAGUGAUCCUCAGAAAAUUUGGCUGGGGGGUUGCGGCUAUGAUAACUCCGACAGUUUUACUACUUACCGGAGUUGGUUUCUUCUCGCUUCUAUUGUUUGGGGAACCAUUGGCACCAUUGCUCGGGACACUAGGCAUAACCCCUCUACUUGCAGCUGUUUAUGUCGGUGCAUUGCAGAACAUUUUCAGUAAAAGUGCAAAAUAUAGUUUGUUCGAUCCAUGCAAGGAAAUGGCUUAUAUUCCUCUAGAUGAAGAUAUGAAGGUUAAAGGGAAGGCAGCCAUCGAUGUUGUCUGCAACCCCUUGGGGAAAUCAGGAGGCGCGCUGAUCCAACAAUUCAUGAUUUUGACAUUCGGGUCUCUUGCAAACUCUACUCCCUAUCUCGGAGGAAUCCUUCUUGUGAUUGUUCUUGCUUGGCUUGGGGCAGCAAAAUCUUUGGAUUCCCAAUUCUCUCCUUUGGCUAAACAAGAGCUUGAGAAGGAGAAAAAACUAGAAAAUCUCAAGGAACCAGUGAUUGACGUAUCUUUCUCAGACACCAAGAAAGAGGUGAAAACAACAGAAAAUGGUUCUCUUCAGGAACCAGGCUCGAGCGAAAGCUUAUCAAAUGGAUCAGCUUUGAAACCAAAAUUGGAUUCUGAAUCAGAGAACUCAUCAGAAUCUUCAGCUCCUCGUGCUUAGUGAGGUUACUUUUCUUCGCAAAUUAUAAAACAUCGAGUAGAAAUAAGUUGACAGCAGCAGGUAUGCAGUUAGUUAUUUCGUCGUUUUUGAUAGGAAAUAAAUUUAUCUAUUCUAAUAUGUACUUGCUGUACUUGUGAAUUUGUAGAUGAGAUUAGCCUAUGAGAAGUAUAUGUACCUUUGGUUUGUUUUGAGAUAUAUUUUACUUCCUUUGCUAAUUUGCGCAUAUUUGGAAGUGUCAA